UAUUUGUUGCUUCCAUCCACCAAGAAACACUUUUCAUACAAAAGCAAGAUCUAUUUACUGUCACCAACACAAACCUUCAUCAUGCUUUUCUCAAGCUUCUCCGCUGCUCUCCUCCUCCUCACCUCAUCGGUCUCGGCUCUUCCCAAGAUCCCCCGCGCAACCAACCUCGACAGCCUCGCGGCCAGGUACCCCAAGAGCGAUCUCCCCGGCCCCGAUGGUCUAGAGCUCAAGUAUGUCUUGCUCGGUGUAGGCACUCAAAACUACACAUGCAACAGCGGCAACGAAACCGCCCCUCCCGGUACAACCGGUGCACUCGCCAAACUCUACGACAUCGGUACCCGUCUCAACAGAGAUCCCCUCGCCCAAUGGAAGAUUAGCUCCAUCAGCGGCCUCGCUCUCUCCCUCUCCUCCUUCGGCAACCUUCUCGAUGGCUACCUCAUGCUCGAAGGCUACAACGAAUGGAUGGGUAACCACUUCUUCACUCAGAUGGACACCACAACCUCCAUCCCAACCUUCUACCUCGACCACGCAAAGACAACGCCCUUUCCCAACGCCAUGGUCACCAAGAAGAACGCCGUCGAUGCUCCCAAGUCCGCGUGUCCUGGUACCAAGAACGAGGGUGCCGUCCAGUGGCUUCAGCUUGUUGACGAGAAGGGUUUGAGUGCUGGUGGCGUCAAUGCUGUGUACCGUCUCGAGACCGCUGGUGGAAAUAAGCCUGCGACUUGCAAGGGCCAGAAGGCCGCUUUCGAGGUCCCCUAUACGGCUCAAUACUGGGUUUACGGCACCAAGGCUUAA